AUGACCAAAGCGUCGGACCUUCCUCCCAGUUACGACGAGGCUAUUGGGCUGCAUGCGUCUAGCGGCACAGAAAGACCUGUACCACGGCCGCCCCCGCGUCCACUGGCUGCUCCUCCUGCAGGUCGGCAUCUGCAAUCGCUGUAUCAACUGCAGCCGCUGCUGCUGCAUGCACUGUCGCUGACAUCGACUUCAAAUUACAACAACAACAAUCUGCUCCCAUUUGACUACCCGCCCAACCAUUUUUGCAGAAAGUGUAAAAAUACAGGUUUUAAAUUGAAAAAUGGAAAGGUUUGUCAUGACUGUUGGGACAGGUUCUAUCUCCGAACCAAUGCAUAUAAUCCCAAUCCUCAACUUCCAUUCAAAUAUCCAAGAAAUUUCAUCUGUGACAAGUGCCAUAAUACUGGUUAUAAACGCAAAAAUGGUCUCUCGUGCAAAGACUGCUGGGAAAGAUUUAGCGCUCGCAAUCAUUUUCCCGCAAUGUCAGUGUACUCAAAUCCACUCGACUUACUUUUCGGAACCACCACCAGUACCUCUAUAGUUGCUCCUGGUGGGUUUCCAGGUGCUCCUCCAGGUGCUCCCAUGCAAGUCCAGCCAGGAGAUCCUCGUAUAGGCGGAAUUCUAUGCGGUCGAUGCCGCGGAUCUGGAAGAGUUAUGGUGUUUUUGGACGAAGAAUUGUGUCCUGUAUGUCUGGGGUUGGGCCGUAUAAUACAUGGUGUGGGCCCGGGGCCUAUGCCAAUGCCUGGUCCGGGGCCAAUUCCUGGUCCUGGUCCGGGUCCGGGUCCGGGUCCGGGUCCCGGUUAUGGAGGGUAUGGGGGUCCUCCUCAGCAGUAUGGCUAUUACAAACGAUGA